AUGACGCCCACGAAGUCCAACUCGGACAUCGACGCCAUCGUCGGCAACGUCAACGGCAACAGCGCGAAGGAACGUUCUCCACCAGGAAUGACACAUUUUCCCGGGAAGAAUCGCUCAUCGCCAGAGCGAAUCGUUGACAAGCGACGUCGACUUCAUGAGAUGGGUCAACAGUGCCGUCUCUUCCCCGACAGCAAUCAUCUAAUGCCCUUUGGCGUCUGCGUAAGGAAUAUGGACAAACUAUCGGAUGUGGCCAGUGUUCUCUUGAAGCACAGCAUUUCUUUCGAACUUUUAAUGAGUGUUUGCAAGAGCCCGCUAGAAAAUUCGUAUCGAUCUGCGGUGGGCCAAGCAUGCAUCAUCCGGACUGCAAAAGGCAUCGUCAUGGCAACAGUGCAGCACAAUUUCUGCCACGAAACGAACAAGGAACAACACCGUGAGGAUUUCCAGGUGGCAAGCCUGAAGAGUCCGACCAAUGCUAACGUGAGCAUCAGCAUGGUCCAGCAGCGAUCCUGGGUCUGGGAUUUUGACUCGACACCAAAACCUGAGCCCUUCACGUUCGGUGACGAAAAUGGGCAAGAGGGCUGGAAAUACGGAAUGGAGUUGCAGUUUAUCGACUUGGCAAUCGAAAAUGCUCCGGUUCGGGAAUUCCUGCAGAACAACAUCAGUGCAUUCGAUGUUGUCAGCGCAGAAUUCCUGUUGAAGGAGGGCAUGGAAGUAGGCAUCUUGGCCCACAGUUGCACCGACUUGCUGGCCAAGACCAUGCAGGAGAGUCUUGGAUCUUGCGUCAAAGGUGGUGAAGAUGGCAAUGAAGAGAAAACCGAGCAAGCAUAUGAGGCACAGGUGGGCGAUACUUUCAUCACUGUUGGAGAAAUCGCCUUUGUGGGUGACGAACACGUUGAGUAUCGUGUCAAUACUGUUCCAGGUUUUUCUGGAGCCCCAGUUUUCCUCUUGGGGGGAGAUGAAGACAAUGAUAUGAAGAUCAUCGCAGUUCACGCUGGGCACUCCGAAGAGCGUGGAACGAACUUUGGCUUCCUUGUUGCAGACAAAGGCAUGAAGAUACAGAGAGACGCCGGUUCUUCCGUUUAG